AUGAAAAUAUUAGAAAAAGUGUUGGCGCCGUUCCGCUUAAAGCCGUUCACUUUGACAGCUAGAAGUGCUGGAAUGGUUUGUGAUUGGUGGCGAAUGUCUGCAGCGGAGUACUAUUGGCGUAACGCCCGUGGGCCCGGAGCGCGCGGCAGCGGUAAACGCUUGCCGCGACGGGGAAUUCAGAGUCGUAGAGCCUCAUACGCGGGUCAUAAACGAUCCGCGGCCAUAGUAGAGGUGCACGCGCGCGAAUCGAUCCGAAUCGCCGGCGAUAAACGCAUCCUCCCGCGAGGCGUACGUCGCGCGCCGCGUCGCCGCCGAGCGAUGAGUUCCAAGUUCAUCAUCGAUAGCAUGCUCCCGAAGUACCACCAGCAGUUCCAUCACCAGAACUUGUUCGCGGGUACGGGGGCAUCUCCUAUAGAGGCCUCUCUGUCGUCAUCUCUGUCGUCGUCGUUGUCGACGUCGCUGUCGUCGUCGUUGUCAGGAGGCUUGGGGGCGGCGGCUCUGGGCGCGGGCUCACCAGGGGCCGGGAGCCCUCAGCGGUCGUCGUCGUCGUCGUCGGCGUCGCCGGGCGCGCCGGCGAGGAUGUACCCGUACGUGUCUCAUCAUCAGCAGUUCGGCGGCUCGGUGCCGUUCUCGGCGGGCGUCGGUGCCGACGACAAGAGCUGCCGGUAUCCGGCCGCGGUCGGCGCGGAUCCUAUGAUGAACUAUGCUCUGGGUCAGCACAAUGGUGGCGCGGCGGUUUCGGCUGCUUCGGCGAGCAUGGCAGCCGCGGCACAGUUCUACCACCAGGCGGCGGCGUCAGCUGCAUCAGCAGCUUCAGCUGCUUCCGUUGACGCCAUGGGCGCAACCUGUGCCCAGCCCUCAGCCCAGCCACUGCCCGACAUACCGCGAUACCCGUGGAUGUCUAUUACUGAUUUUCCAUUUCCAGAUUGGAUGAGCCCCUUCGACCGCGUGGUCUGCGGUGAGUUCAAUGGUCCAAAUGGAUGUCCACGGCGGCGAGGGCGACAAACCUACACGAGGUUCCAAACCUUAGAACUAGAAAAGGAAUUCCACUUUAACCACUACUUGACGCGUCGACGCAGGAUAGAAAUCGCACACGCCCUGUGCCUCACGGAGCGGCAGAUAAAAAUAUGGUUUCAGAAUCGCCGAAUGAAACUAAAGAAAGAACUGCGCGCUGUAAAAGAAAUAAACGAGCAAGCGCGUAGAGAAAGAGAGGAGCAGGACAGAAUGAAGCAGCAGCAACAGGAGAAGCAAGCGAAACUAGAGGGUCAACACCAUGGUCAUCAUGUGACCCACCAUCAUGAUCCGAUGAAGAUGCCUAUUGACAAGGGCUCCAACGACCUCCUCAAAGUGAAUAAGGUGCCGACCGAUAGUGCUAGUAGUGACUCAUCCGUUAAAGUUCCAAGAAUAUCUGUUCCAAGACCAACUACAGAUUAUGAAAUGAAACGACAUGACGAGAAUGAAGGUUGGAACUAUGACAUCAAGCCAUUGCAUCAUGAAGAUUUUACUAGUGAAAACUUUUUACAUAUUGAUCACAUUCCUGAAAAUACCGAUGUCUUUACGAUAUUUCGCUUAUUGGUUGAUGAUGAAGUCUUAGACUUGAUGGUACAACAGACAAACUUGUACGUUGAACAAAGUAUUGCUGCUAAUUCUGGUGGUAGUUUGACUCGCUUGAAACCAGUUACCAGGGAAGAUAUACAGAAAUUUAUGGGCAUUUACUUAGUGACUGGUAUAAUUAGAUUUCCAUCAUUAGGAAGUUACUGGGAACGAGACCCUAUUUAUCUAAGCACAUGA